AUGGCCCCCACCUUUGGGGCAUUUUACGCCGACCCCGAGCCGCCGGAGGCGUGCGUGGGGUAUUCUAGGCUGCGCGACGAGGGGCAGGGUAUCGCUACCCCCUCCACUUCCUUUGAGGUCGUGCAGGUCGAUAUUUCGACCCGAGUCGAGAUGCAUCUGACGUCCUCUUCGACGCCACCUAGGCCGCUGAGUGACCGCCGGAAGCACGCGGGGCCUCGCGGAACGUCGCCAAGCUUGAAGCGCUGA